AGGACAAGUGAAAGAAUGUCUGGUGGGUGGAUCUUUGAGGAGACAGUGAGUUUCAGUCUCAGCCAGAAACACCCAGUGAUCGUCUCCUACACAUGCAGUCAGUGUUUCAGCAGCAUGGGGACUCUUUCUAGCCUGCUCUUUUUACUCCUAACUGUACACUCAGUAAAUGCGCUUAAGUGUUACGUGUGUGCCUCUACAACAUCAAAUCAAGAAUGUAACAAAAACCUUCAGGACUGCCAGGCUCCACUGGACACCUGCAUGACCACUGUAGGCACAUUAGGAAGCGUUACUGCCAUUGUGAAGACAUGCUCCCCUUCAAAACUCUGCACAAGUGCUGCUGCAGGUGCCUCUGUGGACAGUAAUGGAAAUGGAUUCCAGGUGACAUGCUGUAACAGUUACCUGUGCAACUACAGCGGAGCUGCAAGCAUUACACUACACAGAUGGCUGCUGGUCCUACCGCUGUUCCUCAUCAUCCUCCUCUUCACACAGCACACCUGAGAUGUUCAGCACUCGGGAUAUAGAUGGAUUAAAUCCCAUCAUUGACUAAAACUGUCUUCAUACUGAAAAUACAACCUUGUAACUACUGAGCUAUCAAGAAAACUUAAUUCCUUCUGCUUCAUUGGUAACAGUCUUUUUGUUGAAAAUAAGGAUGUACAGUCUAUUAAACCUAUUAUGUAUUCCAGACAUCUGGUCAUAUUCAAGUAAUUGUUUAUAUGCAAACUUAAAGAUUUUGAAGACUAUGGCCUGUGUAUACUAGAGAAUGUGUAUAAUCAAAUGUUAACUACUGUUGUACAUGAAUUCAGGCCCUAGAUGUUUAUAUCUAUGGAUAUAGGCGUUUAAAAUCCUUUUACUUAAAUGAAGAACUGCACUUCUAAUAAAUAAAAUUCUAAAAUCUAA